GGUCCAGAGGGUCGCGUACAAUGCGCUAACAUAAACUGCUAAUGCUUUGAGGCCUUGAAACAAAACCUGGGCAGCAUACGUUUGGAACGACGAUGGCUAAGAAGCAGGCUUCGUUGCUCCAAGUAGGCGUGCCGUUCAUGCUGUUCAUGCUGGGAGGCUGGUACGCAUUAGCGCAUCUGGUGGACAGCAAGCGGCAGCUCCAGAACGCCACCCGCGGCCUGGACAUGGUGGAGGAGCUAGACCCCAUGGAGCGAAUGCGGCGGCGGUACGGGCUCAGGGAGGGGCAAGCCGGAGGCGGUGGAGGCGCCGUCGCCAGCAAGCGCGGGGGGUCGGGGGCGGCGGCGGCGGCGGCUUCCGACGUGCCCAGCCUGGAGGCGGAGCUGGAGGCCAUGAAGGGGAAGCUGGACAUUAAGAGCUGGGACUAUGUGCCCGUGCCGCGCACGGACGAGGAUGAGUAGAGAGAGCGCUAGGCCGCGGAUGGAAAGCAGGAUGAGGGUUGGGAGGAAUGUAAUGACUCUAGCCAAAGGGGCAGGUACGGUAUGCGGCGAGCAGUGGUGGGGUGGCAGGCGUGAGAGGAGUGUGAGUGUGGCGCACAGGCGCAUGGCGUCAUGGUCAUGGGGCGCGGCUUCGCCGUGCAGUCGUGGCCCUUUCUAGGGUUUCGGUGAUGGGGUUGGCACUUGGGCUGGGGCGGGUCGGAUGUGGGCUGGGGCAUGUGCUUCUUUUGAACUGGGACACGUCAGAGCGUCUCGUACACGGGUUGGGGAAACAAGUGGUGGCUGAAGCAUGCAGUACGCUGCCUUGCCCUGCAUCGUCUGUUGGCCCUAAAUCAGCCCUGUGUUGCACGGAUGAGAGUUGAACACAAUUGCAAUGUAGCUGUCAGGACAGUGUUGAGCAGUUUGCUGCUGAUGCGCACCUGGACUGACAUAAUCAGGGCGAACGCGGCAGGGCAUUGCGCAGUGUGGCUGUGUACCGUGAGUUAUUGCCGGUUUACAUACAAUGGAUUGCGCGUGCAUCGCGGACAAGGGUUAGAAGUCUCCGGAAUGCUGCCGUAGUUUGUUGCGCAACGGUGGUGUGUAUGCGGGGGGUCAGACCUAGUGCCAUAGCCAGGCGCCGCAUGGGAUGCGGGAGGACAAGUGGGUGCCAUAUGUGUAAGUGGAGGCAAUC